AUGAGUGAGUUCCGCUGUUACAUCUGCCAGAGGAGUCAAAAGAGGAGGCUGGAUGGCUCGGUGAACUUCUACAGGCCUCAGACCCACUACCAGACGGGCUUCGGUUCCGCUGCUGGAGAGCAUUGGCUGGGCCUUGAGAAUCUCUUCCAGCUCACUUUGAGGAAGAGGUACGAGCUGUUGAUGGACAUGGAGGACUUCAGUGGGAACAAGGUGUUCGCUCGGUACUCCUCGUUCUCCAUCGAGUCAGAAUCCAACGGAUACAGGCUUCAUGUGUCUGGAUUCAUCAACGGAGGGGCAGGAGACGCCCUGAUUAUUCACAAUGGACAGAAGUUCUCCACCUUGGACAAAGACCAGGACUCCUAUGAAGGGAACUGUGCCAGACUACACCUGGGGGCGUUCUGGUAUAAUAACUGUUAUUUCAUAUUUUCACAUCAACAGAUCAAAAUGGGGAGCUACUUUUAAGUUAAUGUUCAUGUUAGCUUGUGGAAUGAAAGAAGCUAAAGUUAGCUUCUGUCACAUAUCAAAUCCAUAGACUCUGUAUAUGUUUAUAUACAGUCUAUGAUUAAAUCUAUUUAUUUAAUAGCACCUUUUAAAAUGAGUCCAGCUGAUCAAAGUGCUUCAUGCACAUUUAAUAAGACAGACAACAGCU